CGUCUUCAUUCCACGAAGAAUUGGAGGAAAAUGAGCAAUGCUAAUUCAGCCAACAUUAACUUUAUUGUACUUUGUUAGUUUUUAUUCUUGCUUCUUACCCUGUAAAUCAAUGAAAACGCGAUAUAAUUUUGCCAUUAGUUAAACAUCAGUGUCGUAGUUAUCAAGCAGAUUUUUACUUUAAUGAUGGCUUAUCAAGUGACAGCGUCGUUACGGAAUACUACAAGCGACUUCGGGAAAUCCACCCAUAAAGUCAGAGAGAAUUAUGGGAACUUAAUUAUUUUAUUGCCGCUUUAUUCAGUAAAACGGCACUGCAUGUGAAACAAAGUCGCUCCGCCUCUAUGUUCCUGACAUCUGACCAUAUCUCCUCAAACAUUGAAACCUACUUAUUUUCUAUACAAGAAGAUAUCUUGUAACUUAUGCUGCAUCGUCAUACGGACUUUCCACCCACACUUUAGCCAAAGUUUCAGAUGGACCACAGGUUUAUGAAACUGAUCUUCGCACUGACAGUUAUUCUGCUGACCUUAACAAGCGCUGUUUUAUACUACAAAAUAAAUACGGCCACGAGAGUGAGAUAUACAGAAAGAGAGACGCAGUACUGCAAGCAACUCCGUCACAAGUUUUCCAUCAUCACUUCAGACAGUACUGAAAUCAAGAACCUCACAGAGGGCCUCUCAGCAUUGAUGAGGUGUCCACCAAUGUCCAAUAUCACCCAGAAAGAACUAAACAGAGUAAGACUGCGCACCUGUUGUAAUGCAACAGGUGUUUUAUACUACACAAAGCAGAACACAGCUGUCAAUCAAAGUGUUCCAUAUGAGACGAGCUCAAAACUGAAAUAUCAAAUAAACGAGGAACUUCACAACAUGCUUCCUGAGGAUUUUCCCUGGAGUGGACGUCCUCUUAGUCACUGUGCUGUGGUUGGGAGUGGAGGGAUUCUGAAGAACAGUAGCUGUGGAAAAGAGAUUGACUCUGCAGACUAUGUUAUCAGGUUUAACAUGGCUCCCAUUAAUGACAGUGAUGUAGGGCUAAAGACUGAUUUACUCACCAUUAAUCCUAGUCAGCUCACACGCUAUAAAAAGUUGAUGUCUAAUCCAGGUCCAUUAGUGGAGCGUGUGAGUGUGUAUGGUAACUCGUCAAUCAUCGUUCCAGCCUUUGCAUAUGCAGCCUACACUCAGCUAUGCGUCAAUACGCUCAAAGUACUUCGGUCAAUUAUACCUCAAGAAGAGAUGGUCUUCUUUUCCUCCAGUUACCUGAAGAACCUGGAUGGUUUCUGGAAGAGGCAGGGCCUGAAAGCCGUUCGUCUCUCCACCGGGUUCAUGUUAAUUAAUGUGGCACUAGAGGUGUGUGAUCACGUGCACGUUUAUGGAUUCUGGCCAUUUGACACUAAUCUGGAGCAGCAGGAAAUUCCACAUCACUAUUUCGACAAUGUAGGACCCAAACGUGGCGUUCACGCAAUGCCAAAAGAGUUUCUCAACUUGUUGAAGCUCCACUGCCAGGGGGCGCUAACACUGCACCUACAGCCCUGCUUAUAACAGAGGUUCUUCUGUUAGUGAUUUGAAUGCACUGUAUUAUUUAAUGGUUGAUUGGCGAGGAGGGAGGGUAUGAAUGUUUUCUUACCUUUGGUCUGCUCUUUGGUAUAUAAAGCUAUUUAAAUAUUUUCUAUUUUGAAUUGUGAACUUGAACAAUUAACUUCUGUAUAUUUAAAUAAAUACAUUUGGGUUAUCUUCCUUUGCAGAGUUUAUACUUCAUCCUGGGUUAAUAAUGAUUCCUGUGUGUUUAGAGUUUAUUAUUUCAUGCUGUAUUUAAAAACAUAAUUAUUUGCUUAUUUAUGAGAUCACAAACACUGAUUGGGUGAUUUCUGUUUGCAUAUUUACGUUUUCUAUUUAAAAAGUUACUUUGAUUUGUGUGAAUGUUCCUGCAAGUGUUUCACUCAUUUUCCUCAAACGGUAAAUACAAAUCCUAUUCAGUGACAUUAAAAUGCCUCACACUGUGAAUGUGAAUGUACUUAUUGUUAUAAUAAGGUUAACUGUUAAAAAACUGCAAUCAAGUUUGUUGAAGUUUGCUGACACAAUCAAUCCCCGUACUUCCCUAUAUGCAAACAAUGCAAGGUGCGUAGGAUCCCUAAACCAUCAGCUUGCUUUUAAAGAUGGUUUAUUGUCUGUCUGAACUGGAAGAGGGUGUGACCGACUUCAGUAUUGUUAUGUGGAAUAAUAAUAAAUAUAAUUUAAUGAGAAAAA